UAGGAUGCCUGCCAAUGUGAUGUUACAAUCUGGUGCCACAGAACUGAAAACGGUGUCACCCAGCAUCAGAAGCACUGCCAGUUCAUUCCGGGAAACCUACAAUCAACAACAGUCCCUCAGCAGCAAUACAUCUCCCUCGGAGAAGCUUCCCCUUUACGGUUAUGUGUUCUUCGUACUUUUCUUGAUUUGCAUGUGGACUGCUGUUCUUUUCCCCACUGUGGUUCACUUUUUUCCUCAUAUUGUCAGUCACGGGUCCCAUAUGAACCAUGAUAUGGGUGGUCGCCAUGGUAACAGCUCACACCAUAAUAUGAACAGUCUUCAUCACAAACAUUCCUUGGUCAGCGACACUCACAAAACACAUCAGUCUAGUGGUAUGGAGGUGGGUGAUAUUAACAAAGACAAUCAGCUUAACCAUACACGUCGUAUCAAUAAUGAUAAUUCUCAGAUGAGUGAGCAAAUGGAUCACUCUCAAACAAAUAACGGUAUGGAAAUGAACAAAAUAAAUAUGAAUCAUACAAACAGUAGUGAGAUGAACGAGAGUGAACAAUAUCAGAUAAAGGAUUCGUCCCCAAUGUUGCUGGUCAACGUUUCUAAGAAUAAUACAGACAAGUCGAAAAUUAACAAUCAUUCUACACAUGAAUCAGUUAUGAGUACCUCAAUAUCUGAUACAGUUACACAGACUGAACUACCUACUGCUAUCAUGGUUACCAUGGUUACCAUGGUUACCAUGGUUACAGAAGCUCUCUGGACGAACACGUCUCAUUGCGUGGAUUACACAGGUGAUGUGUGCAAGAGUGUAUUUUCUCAAAUAGCACCCACUACAACCAGUGUGGAGAAACACGAUACAUUUAUAAGCAGUGUAUCAGGGCAUCUUAAAGCAAUGUACCAGAGUGAUGGCGGUAUGGAGAAGUGCUACAAUGCUACACUGAGAUACCUGUGCAGGAGUCAGUUCACACAGUGUCACAAGCUUGGGGGAGGUGAAGAAGCAGCGAAACUGAGAGAUACGCUAGUUGAGAGAUGUCCGACCAGCUACACACAUGAUAUGGACAGUAUGUUACUGAGACGAGAGGGUGUUGGGGGGAACACGGACAACUCCUCUAAAGGAGUGUGCUCUGGACCUACAAGAGAAGUUAACGGUACCUGUCUUCUUCUCUGCAGCUGGGACGCCUUCCCUCCUGUCUCCCAAACAGCGAACAGUAUAGUGAUGGGAGUAGCUCUAGCAGUCAGCACACUCUCCUGUGGUAUUAUCCUUAUCAGCUACAUGCAGAUAACUGUUAUGAAGAAGUUUCCGCACGUGAUCCCGAUCUACAUCAGCAUGUGCAGUAUGACCAGUGUGUGGAUUGUUGGAAUUCCUGUUAUUGUGGGGACACAUAUCUACUGCUCCCAGAUGUAUAUCAUACGACAGGACGAAUACAGUGGCUCACUUUUCUGUACAAUUCAGGGGUUUAUGUUCCAGUAUUGUAUAAUAGCGCAAUCUAAGUGGUUCUGCUGUUUGGUAUACAACAUUUACCAAGCCACCGUCUCUACUCAGAAGUUUAGUAGUAACGAUCAGAUGAUGAGGAGACUUCAUAUUAUCCAGUCAAGCAUAUGCUGGAUACUACCUCUAGUUCUCUGCUGUAUUGGACUAUCUCACGAGGGGUACGGGAAUCACCACGGAAACAAACAAGUUUGUGUCCUUAAGAACAAGAACAUGCACUACUACACACUCGUGUUACCUGUACAGAUCAGUACGUUACUCUCAGCUACUCUUCUCAGUUUCUCGGUGUUCUUCAUGAAAAGGUCGGAGAUAAAAUCACACAGUGCAGUGUCCAGAAAACGUUCCAUGGCACUCGGCCAGAAACAUCCAAUCCAUAUAGUGAACAAAAUAGAGAAGAAGCUGAUGGGGUUGUCCGCCUCCUUCGUUAUCUUGAACGCAUUCCUCUUGACAAGACUCACAUUCUGCAUCCAUCAGAGAGUGGACCUAGACAACGCCUUGAAAGAGUACACAGCGUGUCUUGGUGACAUAACUAAAACUACGUGCCCAACCACAACCUACAUCCACUUUCUUCACCCAGAAGUCUCUAUUAUAUGCAAUAUGGUGCUAGGUCUGUACCCAGCAGUAGUACUGAUCUUUCUACCGUCCAACAAGCUGCUUCUCGUCCUGUGGAGGAAAAGAGUGUUUGAACUGCUAGGAUUGCUUGGUCUCAGUAAUCAGUCUGUCUCUGACUUCUCAAACCUACGCUUCUCCGAGUCUGUCAGCAGGGUACGCCAAGGAAUUUCAAGGAAGAUAAAAGCAUGGUCAUUUCUCAACACCAUCCUAUCGAAUAAAUUCCUGACCUGUGACUACUGGAGUGGACGUCAACAAUAUGAUUUAAUGUUAAUUUUGGGUUCUUAAAGCGUACAAUAACAUAUUAGGGUAUUAUCUUUAGAAGAACAAAUUUGUGGUUAUUUUGACCACUACAUUCACUGUAUUGUACCAAAUUAAUUUUUUUGUGAGCAAAUUUGGGUAGUCUUGAAAAUUGGAAAUUUACAUUAAAAUACAUUAUUAAAAUGUAUUAACGAUGACUGGUGUGAUAUUUAAGUAACAGAAUGUUUAUAGUUGCCAUAUUAUUACGGGAAUUUUGAUCAUGGGUUCUGCCUAAUAAUUAUCAUCAAAGUAUUUAUUGAUUCUAUCCGAAAAGUUUUUGAUGUUCAUUAAUAUUUAUCUAGUAUAAUGAACCUCGAAAAUUUGCAGUCAUUCUGUGCUUGAAUGAUUUUAUGUUUAAGAUAUGUCUCUUUAAGUUUAGCAGAUAAUUUAUAUAAGAAGUGUAACUGAAUUAGAGAAGAGGCUUAAGUUUGAUUAACAAACAAAUAUUUUUGUGUUUAACGAAGGGACAAUUCGACACGGUUGAUGACAUUCCAUGGAGGUAUCCAAUCAGAACACCACAGAAGAACACCUGAUAGCAGAUCAGCCUAUAAUCACAGUCUCAGACGGUGGUCUAUGGAUCGUAAAAAUGGAUAAUGAGCGGCAGAGUUUAACGAUAAUGAGCAGCAGACUCAGGACUCUGUGAGAUUCGGAGACGAUAUACGGGAAUGACAAUAGGAGAAAGAGUCAGUUUUAGGUCAGCACAGUCGAUAGGGUUGUUCAGAUACUUGGACCGGCCACGUUAUGUUUUGAUAAGCUUGCUAGUCGCAAUAAUCCAACCAGACUUCCUCCACCAUUCGUGACGGCCAACCUGUUAAAGGUCGAGACACUGUGAUACUCCAUUCCACCUACACCAUUGCUUAGAGACUUUGAAAGGUGAUUGCACCAUCAUAGAUUUAGAGACAAAGAUAUUUCCAUUAAAUAGGUUAUGAGAAGAUGUUUUCCCGUGUCAAUUAAUCAGUGUAGUACAAAAAUCUUACUUCCAUUGUUAUAUGAUAAUUUUUUAGUAAUAAGGUUUUUGUACAUUAAAUGUACUACUAUUAGUCGAUCAAUAUUCUUGCUCU